CGAAGAACACUAUUUAUAACCACAACUAAUGAUGAAUUCAACCAGUGGCUCAACAUGGCUAACAUUUGGGUACGAGGGCUCAAAUUCUCCAAUCCGACUGCUCUCAGAAAUGUAAAUUUUAUUCAGCGCAGCUUUGCUUAUUUUCAAAAGGGGGAUACUUAUAAGCUUGCUCAGACACCAGCCGCCGACGAAAUCUUUACAAUAGAUGCCGAUACGGAUGAGAAAAUUACCAGUAUCUUCAACGGGAAAUCGAAGUCUGCCUCUGGAGGACUCGUUAAAAUGUUUUCAUAUGCUCCUACUGCAAGCGUGAAGGGUCCGGCAAAUCCAGGGAAAAAUAUUGGACCUCCUCCACAGCCAGUGAAGUCUGCAGAAAAACCAAGCAAGGAUACAGGGUCUGAUCCAAAGAACCGUCAUGGAAAACCAAGCAAAAAUUAACAAGAGGACUGACAUAGAUGUAUGCGUAGAUUAGAGAUGAUGGUAGUCAAAGGAGUAUUAAUUUGCUCUAUGUAGCUUUGCUUAACCAUUGCACGCUUUUCAAACUGUUCGAAGUAUUGGAAUAUGAUAAACAAUGUUGUGCAAGUCUCGUGAUCAUAAAUGUUGCAUGAAAUUUGUAUACAUAAAGCAAGUCUCGUGAUCAUAAAUCUUGCAUGAAAUUUGUAUACAUAUGCUGCAUGAAAUCGGUAUACAUUUGUGGUUAUUUUA